GUUCCCAUUCCCACUCUACUCUUCCUCAACUCUGUCCUAGAGAGAGAGAAACCUAUACACACACACAUAUGUAUCUAUAUAUCUUCAUGUUGAUUAGUAACUAAUCUUUGAUCUGCUCUGUUUAUCUUUUUGUUGUUGAAUGUUCUAUGAGUAUGGAGAAGCAUAAAUGCAAGCUAUGUUCAAAGAAAUUCUUGAGUGGAAAAGCUUUAGGUGGUCACAUGAGGUCUCAUUUAAUACCUCUCCCACUUCCACCUAAGACUCCACCGUUAAAUCAAGAUUCCGGCGACCGGAGCAAGUCAACUCUGUCACUCUGUCCAUCGGAAAAUCAAGAACAAGAAGAGGAAAUAUUGGAACAGAAAGAUUUUUACUAUGGGUUGAGAGAAAAUCCUAAAAAAAGCUUCAGAAUAAUAGAUCCUGAGUUUUUGGAUAGUGAAAGUGAAACUGAGUGGGAAAAAAACCAAUCAAGAAGAUCUAAAAGAAGUAGAAAAAUGUUUGAAAAUAAUGAAGAAAAGGUUGGGUCAUUGAGUUUGUUUUCAGAUAGUUCUAGUGAAGAAGAUAUUGCUUUGUGUUUAAUGAUGCUUUCAAGAGAUGUUUGGAGAAAUUCAAAUCAAAAUGGGAAGAAAUGCUACCAAUGUGGGAUUUGUUACAAAAUGUUCAAAACUUCUCAAGGUUUAGGUAGUCAUAAAACCAUUCACAAGAACAACAACUAUGAGGAAGAGUUACAAGAAAAAUCAUCAAAGAAAAAAUUUGUUAGUGUGAAGAAUAUUGUGGAUAAAAAAUUGCAUGAAUGUCCAUUUUGUGGGAAGUUUUUUCAGUCAGGUCAAGCAUUAGGUGGGCACAAAAGAUCACAUUUUGUUAUUAUGAGUUCAUCAACUACAGGUUCUUCUUCAUCAACAAAACUUGGUGGUGAUAGUUUAAUGGAGUACUCAAAUUCAGCUAAUUUACCAAAUGGGUUCAUAGAUCUUAACAUGCCAGCACCACUUGAAGACAAUGAUUUUAGCCAACCAGAUUUUUCUGCAGUGGAAUUUCAACAAGAACAGGAAGUUGCAUGAGAGGUUAAAAAAUUUGUCCUUUAGUAAAUUUUCAAUCUUUUUCAUGUCUUUUAGUAAUUUUUGUUAAAUGGAGUUUGCUUAUUUUUUAUAAAAAGUAAUGAUCUAGUUUAGUCCCAUUGUAGCUUCUCUUGUUUUGGGGUAGUAGUUUAGUAGUUGUUAACUUGUAACAUACAUUGCUUUGAAACUUUCACAAGCAAUCUGAAAAAUUAGUUGCAGAUACAAACAA